UUGUAGUGAAAACAAGCUUUAAUUGUAUAAGUCUUCAUUAUUGGAGGAAUAAACUAAGUGGUUUAACCUCUAUGAACCGCCAACAUUUGACAGACAGUAACAUCAUUGCAGYAACAGUAAACUUAUUAUGCGCAAGUUUCCACGCAAGUCACGUCACGGAGCGCCGUAAGGAUACCACAUUGACGGAAACGAACCYUCGCAACUGACUCUUUACUGAACUGAGGUCUUGUUUGGUUUGAUAUGGACAUUUUAAGUGUUCUUGUAUGCUUGGUUACUUUAAUUCAAGUCAGCUUACAAGCUUCAGAAGCAACAUCUAUCAUAACACACCCAGAAAAUACAACAGCAAAUGAAUGGGAAACCGUUACAUUACACUGCAAUGUUAGUGGCAAUCCAGAACCUACCGUUACGUGGUGGAAAGGCAAUCGACUCGYUUCUAUAUCAGGAAGACUGACCCAAGACAGCAGUAAUAGUUUAAAAAUAACAAACAUCACUAGAGCUGAUAAAGGUUUCUACUAUUGUAACGGUACUARCAAUGUCAGCUCUACAGUGUCAAAUUCGGCGUACAUCACGGUUAACUAUCCUACAAAGAUAUCUGUAUCACCGCAGAAUGUUACAGAGAUUGAACAUCAAUCGGUGACUUUUAAUUGUUCUGUGCAAGGCAAGCCCAUAUCACAGAUAACAUGGUGGAAGAAUGAUGUCAAGAUCAACACAAGUGAUAGUGUCAGAYACAGUGUUAGUGGGCAUUCUUCAGCAAGCAGUUGCGAGGCAUCUUUGACGAUAAACAGCUUAGUGAGAGGUGACGAGGGGACCUUCCGUUGUAAAGCUGAGAAUAGGCUAGGCACCGAGUAUUCUCAACCAGCAUACUUGACUGUUUAUUAUCCACCAAAGAUUCUCACCUCUCCAUCUGGACUCACUAAAACAGAGGAAGAAAAUGUUACUCUCUCCUGUCGGUUCGAGGGCAAACCUAUACCUAGUUUGGUGGAAUGGUYUGCAAAUGGACAGAAACUUGCCAUCAGCUCCAACUCAAGGCUGACAGUCAKUCAAUYWGRAGAMKCUAGUARUGCUAMAUCUUCGCUUACCAUCACCAAUCUGAACAGARCWGAUGAGGGCAACUAUACMUGUGUCAUCGGCAACAGCGUCAAAWCAAAUGUUACUUCUAGUGCAGCACAACUUACUGUCAAUUAUCCACCAUCUAUAUUCAUUUCUCCGAAUCACACAAGUGCUAUUGAAUCGAGUACCGUUACCCUAAACUGCGAAUUCUUGGAAGGCAAGCCACUACCAUCAAUAACAUGGUUCAAAAAUGGCGCCCCGUUCAACUCCUCCGACUCAAGAGUAGUGYUGAUUCUGGAGCAUACUUCGCUGGGGCAUUCAUCGACACUGACCAUUCAUAAAGUCGAGAGGUCAGACGAGGGUGCUUUCAAAUGCCACGCAUUUAACGGCAUUGGAUUGGAGAUUUCUUCAAUUGCCAAGUUGACUGUUAGCUAUCAUCCCAACAUUUUCACUCAUCCUCGCAAUCAAACAAGAAACGAAAGCCAGAGUGUUAUGUUCAGCUGCGAMUAUGAAGGAAAWCCAUUAGCAACUGUGACAUGGAAAAAAGGUGACGWKRUCAUUACAAAUGCUGGCAGAAGAACAAUCACCAAUCCAAGUGCUGUWGGWCGAGCCACCUCUACUUUGACCAUCACCAAUCUUAACAGGACCGAUGAAGGGUKWUAUACUUGUACUGUGAAGAAUACAGUUGGUACUGUGGWAUCUUCUUCGAACACUGGAUAUUUGACCGUUAACUCGCUUUUAACUACGACGUCCACAACUCCCACACUAACAACAACAACAACAACAACAACAACACAUCGACCAUCAAGGCUGACAAUCCUAAAUCCAAACACAAACUUCACCGCUACUGAAAAUGAAAGUGUCACGCUUGUAUGUAAAGUGUCCAGCGUUACAUCCGUUGUAAUCACGUGGGUUCGUAACGGUCUUGAGGAAAAGKCAACCAGUACAAAGYUAUCUGACUWCAUGGUCACUUCAGAACUGACGAUUGACAAMGUGCUCGCAAAGGAUUCUGGGAUAUAUAAAUGUGUCGCUAAGGAUGCUGGGAUGAUUGUUAGUACGUCGAUGAGGCUAAUUGUAAAAGUUCCGAUUAGUGUUGAAGUGAUAAUCUCCAUUCAAGGCAAAGAGUUCACUAAUGGACUACGAAACAAUUCAUCGUCACAGUUCCUUGAAUUAUCUCAUAACUUUGAA